UUGUAUCUGAAACGUUCCCUUCAGAGGUUUCAAUGGCUUCAAAAACGAAGGAAAAGAAGGGCGCUGUUGAAAAAAGCGGUAAAAGGAAGCAAGAACGAGGCCGUUCGCGAGAGACAGGGGAUCCGCAGACUGAACGCAGCAAAGAAUCUUACAUGAUACAGGUAUUGGACCUGGAAUCUCAGUUGGAGAAGUAUAAAAAGAAAUGUGAUGAGCUGGAGGUGAAACAGAAGGAUUUCUCAUAUAAAUACAGCAGUUUGGAAAACGAUAAGAAAGAUAUUGUGCUGUACCUGAAACAAACAGUAAUUCAGAAAGAAGAUGAAGUGUUUGACCUCUCUGAACAGCUUUCGGUUCUUCGGAAAGUCAAGGAAUCAGAAAAGGCAUCCAUGGAGAAGCAGCUGGCUCAGCUUCGCCAGGAUUUCCAGGAAAAGAAAGACCAGCUCACAUCGGAGAACAUGGUCCUAGUGGGAAAGCUGGCCUCUUUAGAUGAGUUCCACAUGCAGAAAGAGGAACUUAUGGAACGCCUCACAAUGCAGGAAGAACAGUUGAAGAAACAAAGCAAAGAGCACCAACUGGCCAUCCACAGCUUGGAGAAGAAGAAUGUGCUGGACAAUGAUAGGGUGAAAAAAGAGAUGCAUCAACAUAUGGCAGCUAUAGCAGCAGAGUUGAAGCUUGUCUCAGAAAGGAAGAUCCCAGUCACAACAAUGAGGGCAAUCCAUGAGAACAUGUCAGUGACCACUCAGUUGAGUCAACUUUCACACAAGAUCCAAGUGCUGCUGGAAGAGAACCAGACCCUGAAGGAAAAGGAGGAGCAACUGAAAUCGGAAAUGGCAGUGCUGAAACCUCUACUGCAGGAAAAAACAAUAAGGAGCCUUAGCAACCAGAAGGUGCUACAUCACCUUUCAUCUAGGUGUGAUGAACAACUUUUAGAGCUAAAGGAGCAUGUGAAGCGCCAGACAUUGCAUGCCCAGCUACAGGAGGAACACAGUGCUCUGCAGAAGGACCUCAGCUGCCUUAGGCAGGACUUUGCAUCACUGAAGGAGGAGUUGGAGCAGACCAAUAGCAAGGCAAACGCACUGAGAAAAGAUCUGGAGAGAGAAAAAGACAUCAGAGAAUACCUGGAGGCGGUUCACCAAGAAGCAGCCAAUGCCCUGUGUCAGGCCCUGAAGGAGGUGCCCAAGGAGAAGGAUACAGUGGCCAUGAUUCUGUCACGACGCAAUCAAUUAAUGAAAAAUCUCCUAGUACUGCUUGAUAACGCUACACUGCGGGGGAAGGGACCUAUUCUGACACAGUUUCUCAAAGAGAGAGCCCCACUACAUGAGCACAAGACUGCAGAGGACUGCACAGUUGCCCUGGAGUGUGCAUACACAGCAAGAAAUGGCAAACUGCCCUGAGAAGUGUAAUCAUCUGAUAUCAACAAGAAAGCAAAAAGAUUUACAUUACUUCAGCACAUUCAUGUAUCUGUUGAUGUUUUUGUCGAGGCAUAAAAAAGUAAAUAUAGCUUGUCCAUGAA